AUUUUAUUUUCAAAAAAAAAAUAUAUAUAUUGUUAACAGUAACUUGCACCAAAAAAAUAUUAAUUGUGAACAGUAGCCCAGGAAACAUAGAAAAGGCAGUGUUUGUUGAAGAGCUUAGAGGACACCCUGAAAUCAAAGCCCGCAUCUUCUUCUUCUUCUUCUUUCAUCUGUAUUUUCUCUAUUCAUUCUCUUAUUUGUUCUCUCUGUGUGUUUGCAUGGAAAAUAUAUGCAGCCUUCAGUUUCUCCUCAUGAGAGAACAAAAACAUUUGGGUAAUUGACUGAAACAACAUAAGAAAAUCAAAUGCUGUUUAUGCUGCCUUUGAUUCAACAUAAGGUUUCUGUUCUUUGAAUAUGAAAAAGAAGGUAGAUUAUUCUUCUCCUGUUGGAGUUCUUGAGGACUAUUUUAAGAGCUCAGAAUCUGAAACAUAUUCUUCAAAAGAACACAAUGUAGACUAUGAAGUGCAACAACACUCAAAGCCCACUUCUCGUUGGCAUGGAUUUGUCCAAUUAUUAAGAAGUAGAUCCAAAAAAUCACUGGCCACAAUGCAUCCUCUCAGUGUCAUGAAGCUCUCAAGAAGAAUUAGUGGUAGUAUGAGGGAGGCCAAAGCUAUGUUUCCAAGCUUUUGUGCAGAUACUGAUUUGAACUAUACUAGAUUACCAUGGAAGAAUUUUACCUUGUAUGAGCUACAAACUGCAACCAACUAUUUCAGUCAUGAAAACCUGAUUGGAAAGGGUGGUUAUGCUGAAGUUUACAAGGGGUGUUUACGAGAUGGAAGACUUGUAGCAAUCAAACGUCAAACAAAGGGAACAGCUGACGAGAUUAUAGGGGACUUCUUAUCUGAGCUUGGUAUAAUGGUCCAUGUGAACCAUCCAAAUACUGCCAAGUUAAUUGGCUAUGGGACUGAAGGAGGAAUGCACCUUGUUCUUGAACUAUCUCCACAUGGGAGCUUAGCUUCUCUGCUUUACGGUUCAAAGGAAAAGCUGGGAUGGGGUAUUAGGUAUAAGAUUGCAUUAGGGACAGCUAAAGGUUUAGUAUAUCUUCAUGAGGGUUGUCAAAAAAGAAUCAUCCACAGAGACAUUAAAGCUGCAAACAUUUUGCUUACAGAGGAGUAUGAGCCUCAGAUAUGCGAUUUUGGACUUGCAAAAUGGCUACCAAAGGAGUGGACUCAUCAUACUGUUUCAAAAUUUGAAGGCACAUUUGGGUAUCUUGCUCCUGAGUUCUUACUGCAUGGGAUAGUAGAUGAAAAAACUGAUGUCUUUGCUUUUGGUGUGCUGUUAUUGGAACUAGUCACAGGACGCCGAGCACUAGAUUACUCACAGCAAAGCGUUGUUUUGUGGGCAAAACCCUUGCUGAAGAAGAAUCACAUUAGGGAGCUUGUUGAUCCUUCUCUAUCUGAUGACUACAACUCUCGACAGUUGAAUCUUGUGCUCUUGGUUUCCUCUUUAUGCAUACAACAGUCAUCAAUUCGACGGCCUUCUAUGAGUCAGGUUCUACAGCUUCUUAAUGGCGACCUUAGCUGCUUGAAAUGCAUGAAAAGCAGUCGAACAGCAUUCUUCCAGAGAGCUUUCCAAGAAGAGUUCAUUGGUGCAGAAGAGUGCAACCCAAUUAAGACUUAGAUGAUACUAAUGAGCAUCAAUAUAUGGGUUCCAUAUAUAAUUCCAAAUAUGAUUAUAACUCAUUAUCCACCAUCAUGUACAUGAUGAAACAAAGAUUUAGGACAUUGAAGCUUAAAUGAUCUUGCCCCAUCAAGAAUUUUAGUAUGUUGGUCCCAGAAGAAAGGAAUGAUUAUGCCUUUUCACCUAUGUACUCAGAAGAAAAUGUUAAAGAACAAAAGGAAAGAAUGACAACGGGUUUGAACCUAUGUACAUAAAAGAGAUUAGGUAACAAAACCUGAGAAUGUUAAAUUAACUUAUAUUGUAAUGAAUUCUCUGUACAGUUUUACUUGGAGGAAGUUAGGGAAACUUCUGUUAAGGUUA